CCGCUCCUCCUCCCCCUGCCGCCGCCGCCGCCGCCGCCGCCGGGAGGGCUCGGCUGUGAGGGGAAGCAGGGGCGCAGCAGCUGGGCGUGCUUCCGAAAGGUGAGAGCGAGCCGCAAGCGGAGGGGGCGGGCAGGCCACGAAGAUGUCCUCGGCCGUGGGGCCCCGCGGUCCUCGCCCACCUACGGUGCCUCCCCCCAUGCAAGAGCUGCCCGACCUGAGCCACCUGACCGAAGAGGAGAGGAACAUUAUCAUGGCAGUGAUGGACCGGCAGAAGGAAGAGGAGGAGAAGGAAGAAGCCAUGCUCAAGUGUGUUGUCAGGGACAUGGCGAAGCCUGCUGCCUGCAAAACACCAAGAAAUGCUGAAAACCAGCCUCACCAACCUUCACCGAGAUUGCAUCAACAGUUUGAAAGUUAUAAGGAACAAGUGAGAAAAAUAGGGGAAGAAGCACGACGUUACCAAGGCGAGCACAAAGAUGAUGCUCCUACGUGUGGAAUCUGUCAUAAAACAAAGUUUGCUGAUGGGUGUGGCCAUCUCUGUUCAUAUUGCCGUACCAAGUUCUGUGCCCGAUGUGGAGGCCGGGUGUCUCUUCGAUCGAACAACGAGGACAAAGUGGUUAUGUGGGUAUGCAAUUUAUGUCGAAAGCAACAAGAAAUCUUAACCAAAUCUGGUGCGUGGUUCUUUGGAAGUGGCCCUCAGCAGCCAAGUCAGGAUGGAACCCUGAGUGAUACGGCUACAGGUGCUGGCUCUGAGGUCCCAAGAGAAAAGAAAGCCCGACUCCAAGAACGCUCACGGUCUCAGACUCCCUUGAGCACCGCAGCUGCCUCUGCCCAGGAUGCUGUUCCUUCAGGUGCACCACCAGACAGGAGCAAAGGGACCGAACCCGCACAGCAAGCCACGGGGCCCGAGCAGAAGCAGGCUUCAUCCAGGUCUAGAAGUGAACCUCCCAGAGAGAGGAAGAAGGCUCCAGGGCUCUCUGAACAAAAUGGCAAAGGGGCCCUGAAGAGCGAACGGAAACGUGUGCCAAAGACCCUUGCGCAGCCCGGGGAGGUGGCCGCGGAGGAGCGGGAGCGGAAAGAGAGGCGGGAAAGUCGAAGGCUGGAGAAAGGGCGGUCACAGGACUACCCCGACAUGCCAGAUAAAAGAGAGGAGGCCAAGGCCGCGGCGGAGGAGGAGAAGCAAAGGAAAGAGGAGGAAUACCAGACCAGGUAUCGCAGCGACCCGAACCUGGCGCGGUACCCGGUGAAACCGCCGCCCGACGAGCAGCAGAUGCGCAUGCACGCCCGGGUGUCCCGCGCGAGGCACGAGCGGCGCCACAGCGACGUGGCGCUGCCGCGCACCGAGGCGGGCACCGCGCCGCCCGAGAGCAAGGCCGGCAAGCGCGCGCCGGCGGUCACCAGGGCCUCGCCGCCGGACUCGCCGCGGGCCUACGCGGCCGAGAGGACUGCGGAGACCAGGGCGCCGGGCGCCAAGGCGCUUACGAACCACACCCCGCCGGCGCCUAGGCAUGGGCCGGGCCCCGCAGAAGCCCCGGAGCUCAAAGCCCAGGAGCCCCUCAGGAAGCAGAGCCGCCUGGACCCCAGCUCGGCCGUCCUCAUCCGCAAGGCCAAGCGCGAGAAGGUGGAGACCAUGCUGAGGAACGACUCCUUGAGCUCCGACCAGUCGGAGUCCGUGCGGCCAUCUCCGCCCAAGCCACACCGAUCUAAGCGGGGUGGCAAGAAGCGGCAGAUGUCCGUGAGCAGCUCGGAGGAGGAGGGCGUGUCGACCCCCGAGUACACCAGCUGCGAGGACGUGGAGCUGGAGAGCGAGAGCGUCAGCGAGAAAGGUGACUUGGAUUAUUACUGGUUGGAUCCUGCUACGUGGCACAGCCGGGAAACAUCCCCUAUUAGUUCGCAUCCUGUAACGUGGCAGCCAUCUAAAGAAGGGGACCGAUUAAUUGGACGUGUUAUUCUUAACAAGAGAACAACCAUGCCCAAAGAAUCAGGUGCAUUACUGGGUCUGAAAGUUGUUGGAGGAAAAAUGACUGACUUAGGACGCCUUGGUGCUUUCAUCACCAAAGUAAAGAAGGGUAGCCUAGCAGAUGUAGUUGGACACCUAAGAGCAGGGGAUGAAGUUCUAGAAUGGAAUGGUAAACCCCUGCCGGGAGCUACAAAUGAAGAAGUUUACAACAUUAUUUUAGAAUCAAAAUCAGAACCUCAAGUUGAAAUUAUUGUUUCAAGGCCUAUUGGUGACAUUCCCCGGAUUCCUGAGAGUUCCCACCCUCCACUGGAGUCUAGUUCCAGUUCCUUUGAAUCUCAGAAGAUGGAAAGGCCUUCCAUUUCUGUUAUUUCCCCAACAAGUCCUGGAGCUCUAAAAGAUGCCCCCCAGGUGUUACCAGGACAACUUUCUGUGAAGCUGUGGUAUGAUAAAGUGGGACACCAGCUGAUCGUAAACGUCCUGCAAGCCACAGAUCUGCCACCUAGAGUUGAUGGGCGUCCCCGGAACCCCUAUGUAAAAAUGUAUUUUCUCCCAGAUAGAAGUGAUAAAAGUAAAAGGAGGACCAAAACAGUAAAGAAAGUACUAGAGCCGAAAUGGAAUCAGACUUUUGUGUAUUCACAUGUGCAUCGUAGAGAUUUUAGAGAACGAAUGUUAGAAAUAACCGUGUGGGAUCAACCCAGAGUGCAAGAAGAAGAAAGUGAAUUUCUUGGAGAGAUCCUUAUAGAGUUGGAGACAGCACUUUUAGAUGAUGAACCACACUGGUACAAACUUCAGACACACGAUGAGUCUUCACUACCUCUGCCUCAGCCAUCACCUUUCAUGCCAAGGCGACACAUUCAUGGAGAAAGCUCUAGCAAAAAGCUACAAAGAUCUCAGAGAAUCAGUGAUAGUGACAUCUCAGAUUAUGAGGUUGAUGAUGGUAUUGGAGUGGUGCCUCCAGUGAGUUAUAGGUCUAGUGCUAGAGAAAGUAAAUCAACAACAUUAACUGUGCCAGAGCAGCAAAGAACAACUCAUCACCGCUCACGUUCAGUGUCUCCUCAUCGCGGCGAUGAUCAGGGAAGGCCGCGUUCACGUUUACCAAAUGUGCCAUUACAGAGGAGCUUAGAUGAAAUUCAUCCAACAAGAAGGUCACGUUCUCCAACCAGACACCAUGAUGCCUCCCGAAGUCCAGUUGACCAUAGAUCCAGAGAUGUGGAUAGUCAGUAUUUGUCAGAACAAGACAGUGAGCUUCUUAUGCUGCCCAGAGCAAAACGAGGACGAAGUGCAGAAUGCCUACAUACUACCAGUGAACUGCAGCCCUCCCUUGACAGGGCUAGGAGUGCUAGUACCAACUGCUUGAGACCAGAUACUAGUUUGCAUUCACCAGAACGAGAAAGGGGUAGAUGGUCCCCCUCCCUAGAUAGGAGACGACCUCCUAGCCCCAGGAUUCAAAUCCAGCAUGCAUCUCCGGAGAAUGACAGGCACUCCAGAAAGUCUGAAAGAUCUAGCAUCCAAAAACAGACUAGAAAAGGCACUGCCUCUGAUACAGAAAGGGUUCUCCCACCCUGUCUUUCUAGAAGGGGACACGCAGCCCCAAGAACAGCUGAUCAACCAGGCAUUAGGGGAAAGCACCCUGCUCGCUCCAGGUCGAGCGAGCACUCUAGUGUCAGAACACUGUGUUCUAUGCACCACCUUGCCCCCGGAGGGUCGGCGCCGCCUUCACCGCUCCUGACAAGAAUGCACCGACAAGGAAGUCCAACCCAGUCUCCCCCGGCAGACGUGUCUUUCAGUAACCGCAGGGGAAGACAGCUCCCGCAAGUGCCAGUGCGAAGCAGCAGUAUAGAACAAGAACAAGACAAAUAUAACUCUUCCACAAAAGCAAGCUUAGUAGUGGAGGAGCGAACAAGACAGAUGAAAAUGAAAGUGCAUCGAUUUAAGCAGACAACAGGGUCUGGUUCUAGUCAAGAACUUGAUCGCGAGCAAUAUUCCAAGUAUAACAUACAUAAAGAUCAGUACAGAAGCUGUGAUAACGUCUCUGCCAGAUCAUCAGAUAGCGAUGUCAGCGAUGUGUCCGCCAUAUCCCGAACCAGCAGUGCCUCCCGCCUCAGCAGCACCAGCUUUAUGUCAGAGCAGUCUGAGCGCCCCAGGGGUAGGAUCAGUUCAUUUACCCCCAAAAUGCAAGGCAGACGGAUGGGGACUUCAGGAAGAGCCAUCACGAAGAGCACCAGUGUAAGCGGAGAGAUGUACACACUGGAGCAUAAUGAUGGCAGCCAGUCAGACACAGCCGUGGGUACAGUUGGAGCAGGUGGAAAGAAACGGAGAUCCAGCCUCAGUGCCAAAGUGGUUGCCAUAGUAUCCCGAAGGAGUAGAAGUACAUCCCAACUCAGCCAAACAGAGUCGGGCCACAAGAAGUUAAAAAGCACUAUACAGAGAAGCACAGAAACAGGCAUGGCGGCUGAAAUGAGGAAGAUGGUGCGGCAGCCAAGUCGGGAGUCUACAGAUGGCAGCAUCAACAGUUACAGUUCUGAAGGAAACUUAAUAUUUCCUGGAGUGCGACUAGGAGCGGACAGCCAAUUCAGUGAUUUUCUCGAUGGACUGGGACCAGCCCAGCUUGUUGGCCGGCAAACCCUCGCCACCCCUGCCAUGGGUGAUAUACAGAUUGGAAUGGAGGAUAAAAAAGGCCAAUUAGAAGUUGAAGUUAUCAGAGCACGCAGUCUCACACAAAAACCUGGUUCCAAAUCUACACCUGCUCCAUAUGUGAAAGUAUAUCUUCUGGAAAAUGGGGCCUGUAUAGCCAAGAAGAAGACAAGAAUUGCACGAAAAACCCUUGAUCCUCUGUAUCAGCAGUCCCUGGUCUUUGAUGAAAGUCCACAGGGCAAAGUUCUUCAGGUGAUUGUCUGGGGGGACUAUGGCAGAAUGGACCAUAAAUGCUUUAUGGGAGUGGCACAAAUCUUGCUGGAAGAACUCGAUCUGUCCAGCAUGGUAAUCGGAUGGUACAAAUUGUUUCCCCCGUCAUCCCUGGUGGAUCCCACACUCACUCCCCUAACCCGCCGGGCUUCCCAGUCAUCUCUGGAAAGUUCAACUGGGCCUCCCUGCAUCCGAUCAUAGUGAACUCAUACCACAUCCAUUCCAAUAAAACUCUACCUUUCAGGCUAAGAAUCUGAACCAGAUAUUUCGUGGUCAAAAGCAUUGUUGGAGACAGACAAUCAACUUGUGUUUUGCCUGUAGUAGUUUUUCAGUGUGUCCCAAUUGUUUAAAACAUGGCUUCAUAUGACAGAACAAAGCAAUCUAUCCAGUUACAGGAACAAUCCACAUGCUAGUGAGAGUCACUGAUGCUUCUAACAAAUAGAAAAGAGGAAACUUCAAAUUCACACACACACACACACACACACACCCCAAAUUGAACAAACUGGAAACUCUCACUCUGUGAAAAGUAGCGUUUUACAUGUUUCGGCAAAGACCAGAAGCAGUGUUACUUCUUUUUUGUGUUUUGUUUGUGUGUUCUUUGUUGCGUUUAGGCUUCUUGAGUUUCUGACUUUGUUUUCACCGUAUCUGUUCUUCCCACUAGAUUUUUGGCUGUGUCAUAGCAGGCCUCCUGAUGCCAACAGAGACCCUUCCUUUCUUUUUCCAAAAGCAUCCAAAAAAGGGCUGAAGCAGUCUCUGUGGCAUCCCCCACCAAGCACUCAACAGCUAGCCAAGAGAGGCCAGUGACAGUUUUCAGUGGCUUUCAUUUUACAGUUCUUCAAAGUCUUGUGUUUGAAAACCCAAAAGACCAAAAGUUACCUUCUACAAUUAAUCACCAAAUCACUUCUUUUAAUAUAUCCAGAGCAUCUUUUUGCAUUCCAGAAUAUUAAUUUUAUGUUUUCCACCAUUUUGCAUGGAAGACUUUUCAGUCCAUCUGCAACUAAUGCUGGGGACUAAAACAUACCACAUGAUUAUACUCUGGAAACACUCUUUGUAAUGCCUUUUUCUUCCUGAUAUCAAAAGAAAGUAUGCUCAUGUGUAUAAACCAUACAUUUGACUUCCCAAAAUGGUGACUAGGAAUGGAUUUGAGCCUAAGACACUUUCAGCUACGCCCAGGCUUCUCGGCCAUGCCUCAGUGUAGACCCACCCAUCUGCCCUGGAAAGAGCAUGGUAUGAGCUGUUCAGUAUUCCACUGGAAAUUCCAGUUGAAAUAUUCUGCACUAAACUAAUGUUUUUAUCGAAUUUUAGUUUACAUUUCUUUGAGACUGAUGCAAGCACAAAGCUUGAUUUUUUAAUGCAAAGUAUCUUUUUUGGGGGGGAGGGGAAUAAAACAAAGUCACACUUCAAUUUGCAUUUCUUCAUUUAAGUUCUCCUUGGCCUUGAAUUUCCCUCGUGACAUUCUGUACAUGUGCUACAAACUGCAGACUCUGCAGGUGCAUUGAUAUGUUCUCCCUCCUUUUAUGAGUCAUUCAACUUUUGUGAUUACACAAAUAGAGCAGCAUGACUUGAACUGUUCAAAGCUGCAUGCACAUUUUGUAAAAAAAAAAAAAAAAAAGGAAAAGAAAAUAAACAAAAGGUUAUUUAAUAAUGUAUGUUAGUUUCACAUAGGCCAGCUUGUAUGUUGCAUGUAAUUGUACAGUUUGCUCGUUAAUUACUAUACUGAAAUAACCAAGAAAUCUAAGCCAUCCAUUUUUGUUAUAGACAUUUUGCAGGUUUUAGCCAGACUCAGUCUGCGGGUCUGCGGUGAAAUGUCUAUAGAUGGACUUUAUUUUUUACCCUCUGGAAAAACGUGAUGUAGUACGGACCAAAUUCCUUCUAAUAAAUAUUUUGGUGUAGAUUCCUACUGUGGGGCUGUAACACAUGUAGACACUGUGUACACACUAGGUUUUAAUCCAUAGACAUACUGCCUGCACCAAGUGAAUUAUUUAUUAUUAUUUACACAUGCCAGAAUUACCUGCCCAUCAUUCCACAGGGCACAGAUUGACCACUGCUCACCAUGCCGAGCAGGAAGACCUGAAGCAUUGGUGCACUUCUACUAGAUUCCGUUCUGUCUUAGUGGCCAACAAUUAACUGAUUAUAAUUGGGUAGUAUCUUUCUAUUUUGACCACUUGUCUUAACACUCCCCUGUGCUUUUAAAUGAACUUCCAACUCAUGUAUGUAAACAUGUUUAAUAAAAUUUACUUUUCAUGUCAGUA